GGGUCUUUCUGAACUGUGCGGACGAAGAAGAAAGAGUGUUUGAAAAGUGGAAGAAGAAAUCAAGUGAAGUGGGGAUGGAAAUGGUUUCACAUGGAUGAAGUUUGAAGUAGCUAGAAUGUCAUCAUUAUCUUCAGCGUCUUCGUUAUCAUCAUCAGCAGUUAGGUCAUGGAGGACUGCGUUUUUGACACUCAGGGACGAAACCCUAGCAUCUCCACCUCCCUCCGCGGUCCUAAAUCUCCUCCAACAUCUCCUAUUCUCCAAUUCUCAAUCCUUGAUUGCCGCUGCCCCCGACCUUCCUCCUCACGAGAUUGUUUCGGAUAUCAUGUUUCUGAUGGAAUUGGUUCCGACUUGUUCCGAUGCCGGUGACGAUACGAGCCUUACCUUCAUAAGCAUGUGUCACUUGAUCCAUGAUGUCUGUCAGCGUGUUUCCCUUGAAAUAAAUUCGCCUUCUUGGGCUCUUAUGCUCGACACUUUUGGAACCAUGGUGGAAUCUUUUCUUGGCAAAGCUGGUAGUAAAAGGAUUUUCUCAGAGAAUGCUGCUAGAAUCAAAGCUGUAAUGGAAUGUGUAGAGACUGUAAGACGUCUUGUCAGUGUAUAUCAUCGAAAAUGUUCACUCUCAGAAAAUGUACAGUUAGUGAAGUUCCUUCUCCGUAUUGUCACAUGCUCUCAUGCGGAGUUAUAUUCCUCAUUACAUUCGAGUGGCAAUCAGAGGUAUGCUCCUGAAAUUGGAAAGAGAAUACCCAGAUACAACAGUUUAUGGGAAGUUCAGACUAUUGCCUUCACCAUGAUUACUGCAGUAUUCUCAAGAGAUGGGUCUUCAUUUCCAGGUGAUAUAUGGCAAUCAACAAUUGAGGUUCUUAGGAAGGUGAUGGAUGCCUUGGCAUCUAAGAGCGUCCUUGUGGAAGAUAAUGUCAUGUCUAGGUUUUAUACUUCUCUUCUGCAUUGUCUGCACGUGGUUCUUACAAAUCCUAAAGGCCCUCUUUCUGACCAUGUGGCAGGUUUUGUGGCAGCAUUGCGGAUAUUCUUUAUCUAUGGCCUGACUAAUAGAACCGCACUUGCAUUUCCGGGUGCUGUUCAGAGGCAGGGACUCAGUUCUGUGAACCAUGGAUUGAGUUCAACAGAACCUACAAAAACCGAUAGUGGUCCUUAUAGGCCUCCACACUUACGCAAAAAGAAUGGUACAGGUAUACGGCGGCAUAAAGCUCAGGAUUCUCAGAGUUCCUCUGACCAUGAAUCCUCGAUGGUUGAUUUUACAUCAUCAGAUUCAGAUUACAGUGAUACUGAUGGAUCAGGAAAAGACAGCGACAGUCUUCGAAUCUCUAAGGCUAGAUUAGCUGCCAUUGCUUGUAUUCAGGAUCUUUGCCAAGCUGAUCCCAAAUCAUUUACUGCCCAAUGGACAAUGAUUUUGCCUACCAAUGAUGUAUUACAGCUGAGGAAGUAUGAAGCAACUCUGAUGACAUGCUUGCUGUUUGAUCCUUAUUUGAAGGCACGGAUUGCAUCUGCAGCAACUCUUGCAGCCAUGUUGGAUGGGCCUUCAUCCGUUUUCCUGCAGGUAGCAGAAUAUAAGGAAUCCACUAAAUGUGGGUCUUUCACAGCACUGUCGAGCUCCCUUGGUCAGAUAUUAAUGCAACUUCAUGCAGGUAUUCUAUACUUAAUCCAGCAUGAAACUCAUGGGGGACUGUUGGCGUCCUUGUUCAAAAUUCUCAUGCUUUUGAUAUCAUCCACACCAUAUGCAAGAAUGCCUGAAGAGUUGUUGCCAACAGUUAUUACUUCUCUUCGAGCAAGGGUUGAAGAAGGGUUUCCAUUUAAAAGUGAUCAGACAAGUCUGCUGGCUGUUGCUCUUAGUUGCUUGACGGCAGCUUUAUCAACCUCACCUUCCUCACCAAAAGUUAAAGAAAUGUUUUUAGAAGAAAUAUCAGCUGGUUUUGCUGGGGUUCAGGGGAAGCCAAGUGUUCUUUUUACCAUAUUUCAAUAUGCUGAAAAAUUAACAUGCCCAACAAUCAGUUUUGAGGCUCUCCAGGCCCUUAGAGCUGUGUCGCACAACUACCCAAACAUAAUGGUGGCAUGCUGGGAACAAGUUUCUACUAUUGUUUAUGGAUUUCUGAGAGCUACUCCUGAAGUUCCUGCAAGGCAGUGGAAGGGACACUCUGGAAAUACUGUUGGGUCAAUUGGGGAGAAAACCCUUACAGCUGCUAUCAAGGUUUUGGAUGAAUGUCUUCGUGCAAUAUCUGGAUAUAAAGGAACUGAGGAAAUUUUAGAUGAUAGACUACUGGACACUCCAUUUACUUCUGAUUGCAUGAGGCAAAAGAAAAUUUCAUCAGCUCCAUCAUAUGUACUAGAGAACACAAAGGAAACUACAGGCGAUGAACCUAAGGCAUGUGAGUCUGGCGGUGAGCAAUGGUGCGAAGCAAUCGAGAAGCAUAUUCCUCUGAUUCUCUGGCAUACUUUCCCCAUGGUGAGGGCUGCUUCAGUGACUUGUUUUGCAGGAAUAACUUCCUCUGUUUUCUUCUCUCUUACUAAGGAAAAACAGGACUUUAUUCUUUCUUCCUUAAUCAAUGCUGCAGUAAAUGAUGAAGUUCCUUCAGUUAGAUCAGCUGGUUGUCGUGCCAUUGGUGUCAUCACAUGUUUUCUGCAAAUUUCUCAAAGUGCAGAGACCCUUCAAAAGUUUAUCCAUGCUGUUGAGAGUAACACACGUGAUCCCUUGGUCUUGGUGCGAAUAACAGCCUCUUGGGCUUUGGCAAACAUAUGUGAUUCACUCCGACACUGUAUUAGUGAUUUUUCCUCUGAAAGGCAUUCUGUAGUGGCAUUGUUGAUUGAGUGUGCUUUGCGUCUAACGAAGGAUGGUGACAAGAUAAAAUCAAAUGCUGUGAGAGCUCUUGGGAAUCUUUCAAGAUUUCUUCAGUAUAGAAGUCCAACUGGUAUCCAUGACAAGCCAGUGAAUUGUGCGGGCCUAUCUACACCAAUCAACAGUGUUGAGGUGUUGUCAUCAAGCACUAAUAAGAAAAAUGGUCACAGAUUUGUGUCUAAUUCAAAGCAGCCACUUCCAUUGGGAGAUUCAAGUUGGCUAGAGAGAAUGGUGCAGGCAUUUCUUUCUUGUGUUACAACAGGAAAUGUGAAGGUCCAAUGGAAUGUUUGUCAUGCAUUGAGCAACCUGUUCCUGAAUGAGACAUUAAGACUACAAGAUAUGGAUUGGGCUUCAUCUGUUUUUAGUAUUCUUCUACUACUACUUCGUGAUUCUUCAAACUUUAAGAUCAGGAUACAAGCUGCUGCUGCUUUGUCUGUGCCAGCAUCAAUUCUUGAUUAUGGGAGAUCAUUCUCUGAUGUUGUCCAAGGUCUGGAGCAUAUACUUGAGAAUCUAGGGUUGGACCAAAUUUCAACGCCCUCAAGUUUCAAAUAUAGGGUUGCACUUGAGAAGCAGUUGACCUCAACCAUGUUGCAUGUGCUUAGCCUUGCAUCAAGCAGUGAUCACCAACCUCUUAAAGAUUUUCUUGUGAAAAAAGCGGCAUUUCUUGAGGAGUGGUUUAAGGCUCUAUGCUCUUCACUAGGGGAGACAAGUACCCAACCUGAGGCUGAUAGAAAGAAAGAGAUGAUCUCUCAGGCAGUACAAUCACUAACUGAAGUGUAUAAAAGCAGGAACCAUCAUGCCAUUGCUCAGAAGUUUGAAAAUCUGACCAACAACAUACCAUGAAUCCCUUCAUGGUCCAAUUUCUGGUCUGAUCGGUUAAUUUUAUGCUGGACCACAUACAGUCUCAGGUCCUUCCUGUCACUUAUAUUUUCCUAAUAAUGUACGAGGAAAAUGAACCCUUUUGAGGUAUCCAAUGGGGAAUUGGAGGGUUACAAUGAAUCAGGUGUGAAAUGGAGCAAUGGGGAUCGCAGUGUCAGAGCAGAUACAUGAGAAGGACGUAUUUGAAUGCUUCCUUGUGUUUGAUUUUGGGUUUCUGCUGCUUGUCGUCUUCUGCAUGGGAGUCGAUCUAUUUUGGAAUGAUCCUAGCAGAGUCCUCUCCAUUUUGUUUUUAACCUUUUGUGGGUGUGUAUGUCUAAUUGGUACAUAAGGCUUACUCUAUUUUGUUACAUGACUGUGAUUAAAUUAUUCGAUCCUAUUUAGCCUCUUGUGUAGGCAGCCCGUGAUAGUGGGGUUCCAAGGAUAUUUUCUGACCUCUACUUUCUUUUCCCAUUUAUGGAAUUUGAAUCUCUAUGAUCAUUAUUUUUCCACUU